AUGGAGUCCGAUAUGGAAGUUCUCAACGGAACUGAACGCAUCUCUGCUGCCAAUGGUGAGAUCACACUGAUUCCCACGCCGACAAAUUCACCAGACGACCCACUGAAUUGGAGCACGUGGAGACGAUAUUGGCAUGCGUUCCUGGUCCUCGUCAUUGUCGCCUUUACCGCUGCCACCUCGAACGAUGCGGGGACGGCUGGCAACGGAAUGGUGGCCGAGCUAGGGAUCACCUGGGACCAAAUCAAUGUGGCCGCCGGGGUGUUGUUUGUGGGGAUUGGGUACACCACCUUGCUGCUUGGCCCUGCACCUUUUCUGUACGGUCGACGAAUCUCCUAUAUGAUUUGUCUGCUGUCGACGAUCGUGGGCUCGAUCUGGCUGGCGCGCACGCAGACUUCGGGCGAUAACAUCGGGAGUCAGCUGUUCGUGGGGGCAGCCGAGUCAUGCGCCGAAGCGCUGGCCCAGUUGUCGCUCUCUGAUCUGUUCUUUCAGCACCGCAGAGGUCUCGUGCUCGGCUUGUACGUCUUGGCGACCAGUAUUGGUACUUUUACCGGUCCCUUGGUGGCCGGGUUCAUUGUUGACAGUGACGCACUUGGCUGGCGGUGGGUCGGUUGGCUCGCUGUCAUCAUUUCGGGCUUCUUACUGGUCUUGUUCUAUUUCGGACUGGAGGAGACUUCCUUCGAUCGCAACAACCCUCUUCGUGGACAUGCUGCGCCCGCGACCCCACCGGGUGAGGCGACCGACCUUCCGCUGGACGGAAAGGAAAAGGACAUCGCCAAAGUGCAGCCCAUACCCCCUAAUGUCCUCGAUGAAGAAUGUGAUCGGCAGAAAGGCAAAACAUAUUUCCAACGUAUCGCCCUAAUCACCCCGUCUUCAACAUUGGUCGGUACGGGCUUCAAGCAGUACUGUCGUCGUCUGCUUCACACCCUGCGCGUCUUCACUUUCCCAGCCGUCAUUUACUCGGGGCUGCAGUGGGGCGCCCAGGAUGCCUGGUUGACCUUCUACCUGACCGUCGAAGAAGACAACUGGUACGAGGCACCCUGGUUCUACACCGACGCAGCCGUCGGCAUCAUGAACGUGCCAACCCUGAUCGGCGCCCUCCUGGGCUGUAUCUACGGUGGAUGGUUCAGUGAUUUCUUUGUUCUCUGGCUGGCCAAACGCAACAACGGUAUCUUCGAAGCCGAAAUGCGUCUUUGGCUUCUCCUGCCGGUUGCGUUCAUCGGCCCGGCCGGUCUCAUGCUCUUUGGCAUUGGUUCCGACAAAGGCUGGAAUUGGCCGUUGCCCUACGUCGGACUGGGAUUCAUCGGCUUUGGCUGGGGCUGCGCGGGUGAUCUCAGUAUGGCGUAUCUUAUGGAUGCGUAUCCCGACAUGGUGUUGGAGGGUAUGGUUGGGGUGUCCGUUAUCAACAACACCAUUGGCUGUAUCUUUACUUUCUCUGCUGGGUACUGGAUGGAUGCGCAGACUCUGUCGCAGGUCUUCAUUGCUAUUGGUGUGCUGAGCUUCUUCUUCAUUAUGACUACUGUCCCUAUGAUCUACUGGGGCAAACAGUGUCGUCGGCUCACUCGGAAGCAGUAUGAGACUUUCCUCCGGAUCCGUGAUGGUCCUGCAUAG